AUGAUGGACUCCAGAGUCAUUCUUCCAAAGUGCCUCCGCUACCGCCCCGCGGGCACCCCCGGCUCACACGCGCGCACACACACCCUCCCGCCCUCGCUCCCACGGGGCAGCGCCGGCCGCGGAGUCUCCGCCGCCGGGUCGCGCGUCUGCGACGAGCGCCGGGGCCGCUGCGGGGGCCGCGGCCAGGGCCGGGGCCACCAGGGGGGCCCGCGGGAGCGGUGGCUGGGGCCGCCGGGAAGAGCGAGGCGGGCGCGGGCGGCGGGCGCGGGCGCGGGCUCGGGGGGCGCGCGAGAGAAGGCCGCCGCGCCCGGCCUCGCUCAGACGCCCGCGCCUCCUUCCCCGAGAGCGGGAGGCCCGCCUCGCCCCCCGCGCCGCCGCCGCCGAGGCUCCCCUCAGCCGGGCGCCCGGCGGCGAGCGCGCAUCCACCGGGGCGUCUCCGCCGCGAGCGGCCGCCGACGGCUUCUCCGCGCCUGGCGCGUCCGCUCUCCGCCGCCGCCUGCCCCGGCUCCCGGGCGCGCUCGGCCCUGCCCGCGCCCCCCGCCCGCCCGCCCGCCGGGCCGCCGCGCGCUCCUCCGCCUCCGCGCCGCCUCCGCAGACGCCCACCCCCGUCCCGGAUUGCCGGGCGCGCAGCGGCUGCUCAGGGCUCGCCCUCCCCCUCGCCACACACACACAUUUUCUUCUUUCUCUGAACUGGAGCACAGAUCCGGGAGGAGGCGGAGGGGGAGGAGGAGGAGGGGACGGGCGCGGGAGGAGGGGAGCGGGGGGCGGGGCCGCCCGGCCUCUCCCGGCCGGCUCUCCGCGGCUCCCCGCCGCCGCCGCCGCCGCGCCUCCCCGCCUCCCCGAGCGCCCGUCGCCUCGCCCGCCCCGCGCCCGGCGGGGUCGGCCCCUGAGCCCGGCCGGAGCCGCCCCCUCCCGCGCCCGUGGCGGGGCCCGCGGCCGGCGCGGUCACUGCGGCCCCGCGGCUCGCGCCGCCGCCAGCCCGCCGCGGCCGGCCGCCGGUCGGGCUAG